AUCCGCGCCGCGGAGGCGCACUGAGCCUCAGCCGCUCCCCUCACUACCGGGCGCCGUUCCUCCAUCGCGCAGGCGCACUGAACCUCAGCCGCGCCGGGAGGUGGGCCGGAUGGCGAGGGGGCGGAGCGAGCUGCUUUUUGAGGCUGCGCACUCGCGUGGCCCCGCCCCGCAGGUCUACUUCCGGCGCCGCGGCUCUUCCGGGCAGAGACAGCUUGUACUGCAGUCGGAGUUGUAACGAGCCCGUGACUGACCGAGCGACCGCCGACCAUGGCUCCCGGAGUGGCCCGCGGGCCGACGCCGUACUGGAGGUUGCCCCUCGGUGGCGCCGCGCUACUCCUGCUGCUCAUCCCGGUGGCCGCCGCGCAGGAGCCUCCCGGAGCGGCUUGUUCUCAGAACACAAACAAAACCUGUGAAGAGUGCCUGAAGAACGUCUCCUGUCUUUGGUGCAACACUAACAAGGCUUGUCUGGACUACCCAGUUACAAACAUCUUGCCACCUGCUUCCCUUUGUAAAUUGAGCUCUGCACGCUGGGGAGUUUGUUGGGUGAACUUUGAGGCGUUGAUCAUCACCAUGUCAGUGGUCGGAGGAGCCCUCCUCCUGGGCAUUGCCAUCUGCUGCUGCUGCUGCUGCAGGAGGAAGAGGAGCCGGAAGCCAGACAGGAGCGAGGAGAAGGCCAUGCGCGAGCGGGAGGAGAGGCGGAUACGGCAGGAGGAACGGAGAGCAGAGAUGAAGACAAGACAUGAUGAAAUCAGAAAAAAAUAUGGCCUGUUUAAAGAAGAAAACCCAUAUGCUAGAUUUGAAAACAACUAAAGCGCUCCAGCCGACAGGCAGUCCCGACGCUUCCUGUGAGGUGCACACUCCGCAGCGCAGCCCAGCCGGGAGACCACGUGGCCCUCGCGGUCUCCUGACCUUGACCAGUGGACCUGCCAGCCUUCCAGGACAGGUGGCCGGAGAGCUGCCCCUGAAGGACAGUCCUCCUCUCGUCCUGCAAACUGGUGACCUUCUAUUCCCUGUUCAUCUCUGUUUCUAGAUUUAGUCACUUGAAAUAAGAAAUCUUUGGGGUUUGGGGUUUUUUAUACUCUUCUCAGUUUGUAAGAAGCUAACUGCACGCAAAGCCGCCUGAUGGCACCUAGCGCUAUGACUGUCAUUCUCCCGGGGCAGCAGCAGAACCCUGCCUUCCUCUCUGUCUGCUAACAAGCUUCAUACACAACAGAGGGAAGCCGGUUUGGCUUCUGUCGUGAGGAGAACUGACCAGCCCUCAUCAUUCCCCAUAAAACCACGGACAGCAUUGAGUCUUCACACCUGUUGACUCACAUGGCUUUUGCUGAUGACACGGGGCUCCAAUACACGGUCUGAUAAGGACUUACUUCCUAACCUCAAUUGUAUUAAAUAGCAUUGGGGAAUAGCUAAACCUUUAAAAAAAAGAAAAAAAAAAAUUACUGGAUUUUCCUCCCUACUUAAAAGAUUUCACCAGAAGACUUUCAUAUAAAAAUUCAGGCUCUUUUUGGACAGUUUUUAAAAUUUGUAUCUUUACUAGAACGUGAGAAUCUUUUUCCCUUGGAAGCUUGAAUUGUAAAUGUGGUGUUUGGCCUGCCUCUGCAGCACCGGUUGCCUGCUCGUGUGCCAGCAGUGUUGGGAGGACGGGGCAGGACGCUGCAGCUUUCUCCAGCCCUGUUGGCAUCCUCAGUGCCUGCAAGCCUCUCCCUGCCUGUCGGGCUGUCUGGGGGGUGGCCAUGUAGGGAUCGUGGGGACGGGGUCCACCCCAAGAAGAAAGAAAGGCCCAUCCACAGGCCUGGCUCGGCCGUGUGCCCCAGAAGCAGGUGUGUCCGGAGCCAGCUGAGGGCUCUCCUCACACCACCCAGCAGGCGCCAGUGCUCCUUCUGCCUCACGGGACCAAUCCAACUUCCAGCCGCUCUGGCUCAAGGGUGUUCUGAGCCCUUCCUUCAGAGUGGGCUUGUUCGAGAGCUCUCCAGUGGCACUGGACCUGCCCCACGUUUCUGUAAAAUCAGGGGUACGUGGCUUUAGUAAGUAGACCAAGCGCUUCAUGGCAGGGAGAGCAGCGUGCGGGGAAGUCACUGAAAAGUGCUGCCUAAGGAAGUUUGAAAAUAGUCCCCGUUCCAGAUUGCCUUGAAUUUUAAAACAUUUUGCUUUGGGAAAGUAGGUCGACAGCACCUAAGAUAAAUGAUGCAUUCCAUUUUCACACUUCACAGUCAUGAAAACUGAGAAAACUGUCUUCAGCAUGAACUGAAGUUCACAGGCAGAUCACUGUGAUCCAGAACACUAAGAACUCAUCAAACAGCUUGAUAAGCCUUUUUGACUGUGUACAUCUGUACCGGGAAUAACAUUCCUGUGCUGAAAUUUUCACAAAGAAUAGAACCUGCACCCAGUUCUUCAGGCUGAUUUCUCUGACCUCUUGGGCAUUUGUAUUUGUAGUAAAGUAUUGCAGAGUUUCCUAAGUAUUUUAUAGCAGCCAUCAAAAUUGGACUUUGUAUUGUUUAUUCAUAAAAGAAACUUAGUAAUAGACUUGAACGAACUUUGUAUGAAUACAGUAGUGUGUACACAAAAUCAGUGUCCCGAAUGUAGGCUGCUGAGCGGAAGGUAGAGCUUGGUUAUUAAAUACAGUGGGUGAAUCCUUGCGUUCAGUGUAGAAACUACGUCUAUAAGGUUGGUCUUAGUCCAUCUGAUUUUUUCUGAAAUACGCUAAGAGCAGCCACAAAACUGUAACCUCAAGGAAACCAUAAAGCUUGGAGUGCCUUAAUUUUUAACCAGUUUCCAAUAAAACAGUUUAAUGUCUGCAUUUAUCUAAUA